UUUAUUUUGGUCUAGCCCAGUUCCAGAAUGUGGUAUGUGGAUGAAUGAAGAUACCGGGACGCGGAAUACUGUAAUAAUAUACAUAAUAAUACAUCUUCAAACGUAUACAUUUGGAAUAAUUUCGUCUCCUGCAUGCCUGAAUUGACGGGUGCCUAAAACCAAACAGCUCAUCACCACACUGCAGUUAUCAGUAACGUUAGCUCCACUGAUCAUCAUGCUAACGGUACAAUAACUGAGGAGGUGGAGGCACCCGUGACGCCGCUACUACUAUGUAUUCCACACCUAAUGGCGUCCUAACAGCUAAUGGCAAUGCUAACAGCAUUACGGAACUGCUCGGUGCCCUGUGCGACUGCAGUAUCCAUGGGGUGUCCUGGAAACGGCGUGCCAUGGGGGGGCUUUCAAAGGAAGGCGCCCGUAAGUCUCUCAAGAAGCGUGCCUACGGGGCCCUACUGUCCAAGCUUUUCCAACCUGGCACCUGUAAAGGCUCUGCCACCGGCCCGGCCACCACACCGCCCAGAAACAAAGUCCUGAUGAUCUCCUUCGACCUGCGUGUGGCCGGGUGUCAGGAAGAGGCGGAGCGGUUGGAGGAGCUGCUCGGGACCCUGCCAGAGGGAGAACCCUCAGACCCCGUCCUGGAGCUCCUGGUGCACUUAGCCGGCUCUGCUGCCCCUCCGCCCACCUCGUUCAGCCGGGACUACAUGAGACGAGAGAGGCCCGUUCUGCGCAGGCCCCCAUUGGAGGGCUACCAGAGCAAGGAGCUGCAGAGGCUGGAGGCCCGUGCCUGGGGUCUGGUGUGCAGCGAGGAGUGGGGGUCACUGGGAGGACUCUGUGGGACUCUGGGGCUUAUGGACGCCCUUCCAGGCACUGGGCUGCAGGCGUUGAGGAUGAAGUUGGAAGUGGAGGAGAGGUUUGAGAAGGACACCAGGUUGACGCUGUUUGGUGCACUGCAGCACACCAGGACAUCAGACCUACACAUAAAGCUGGACCUGCCUCCUGUACCUAGUGAUGCAGAUGUUACUGGGCUGGCCAUCAAGGUCCCGCACUGUUUCGAUCAGUCGGAAGACGAGGGCUUUCAGUCGGCCUCCAACCUGACCCCAGACUCACAGUCGGUGCCAAGCCCAUGUCCUGAGUUUGAUAUCUGGGAAGCUCUCGGCUCAUUUGAGCCAGGAAAACGCCGCUGCUGGGAGUCAGUUGGCUGUCCUCCAGGGAACAGGGAGCUGCCGUAUGUAACCGAGGGAGGCAGGGAGGCCUUCGAUCAGCUGUACCGCCUCUGGGAGGGUCAGAUGAGGGUUGUCAGCACAGUCGAGACCCCGUCUCCCAUCCUGCCUCUUCCCCUGGACUCCCAGACCCAGCUGGUUAGUGACCUGCUCAACGUGCUGAUCGGAGUGGAGUCCACCACCUUCCCCCUUACCCAGACUGUGCAGUUCAACGUCAGGCCCGGGGUGUGCGUGUCGGGGACCUCCCCAGAGAGCAUGUCGCGUCUUCUGGGGGAGCUGGCGCAGUAUGGCACCCAUUACCUGAGGCUCAGCCACUUCUCCCGACAGACUGCUACCAAGCGCGGCCUGGUCUUCCAGGCAUUUACAGGUGGGCUGAGGAAGUACCUCCACUACUACAGGGCCUGUGUUCUCAGCACUCCCCCCACCCUCAGCCUGCUCACCAUCGGCUUCCACUUCCGCAAAGUGGGCCGGCAGCUUAGGUACCUCUCGGAGCUGUGCUGUGUGGACGGCCCCUCGGGUGUCGGCCAGGCCACCUUCCCCGUGGGCGUGAAGAUGCUGUCCUACCUCUACAACGAGGCGCAGAGCAACUGCAGCAACGAGAACUACCCCGUGCUGCUGUCCCUGCUGAAGAGCAGCUGUGAGCCCUACACACGAUUUGUGUCUGACUGGGUGUACAGUGGGGUGUUCAGAGAUGUGCACAGCGAAUUCAUGAUCCAGGUCAACGAGGACUAUCUCAGCUUCAGAGACAAGCACUUCUGGCAGCGGGGCUACACCCUGAUCUCCAAGGACGUGGAGGACUUUGUGCCCGUCUUCCUGAGGCACAUCGCCAACGACGUCUACGUAUGCGGCAAGACCAUCAACCUGCUGAAGAUCUGCUGCCCGCAGCACUACAUCUGCUGGUCGGAGCUGCCGACUCCCCGCAUCUCCGUCACCUUCUCCCUGCAGGAGGUGGAGGAGAUCGAGCGGGACUGCGCCGUGUACCGCGGGCGCGUUGAGAUGAUCGCCAAGCACAGCGCCACCAGCAGGGAGGAGCAGGCGCGGCGAACGGAGCACGCGCGGCAGGAGCUGAUCAAUCAGGUCCGCCAGUCCGCGGCCAAGACUCUCGACAGCAUCCGUGGGCGGCAGGUGUCACUGCGUCUGGUGGAGGAGGCCAAGAAGAGGGAGCGCUUUGAAGAGCUGAAACAGCACCUCGAACAGGAGCAAGAGUGGCGCAGCGCUGCCAGGAGGAAGGAGCAGGAGGAUGACUUCAGCUUCACCAGGGAGCUCAGGGACCGGGAGCAGAGGCUACAGGUCCUGGAGGAGCAGCUGGAGCAGAGAGCCAGGAAUGAGCUGAUCGCCCAGUACGGCCGCCUAUCGGAGGACGCCGCCCGUCGAGAGAGGCGGGCCUUGUGGAGGGUCCAGCGAAUGAGGCUCGACCCAGCACGCGCCCAAUUCCUAACGUCGGACGAAGAAAAGAUUGAGAACAUACUGGAGAAUUAUCCCUUGGGGCAGGAGAGACCUCCCAUUGGAUUCCUUUCAGCUGUCUCCCAGACGGUGAAGCAACGGACUGCCCUGCAACAAAAACAGGAUUCAUCAGAACACCUUCCUGACGGCGUUCCUGUCUCCGACCGCCCGGCUGCCGGCUCCAGCCCGAUCACCAAGGGCGUAGACGUGAACGACUUGCUGGACCAGGGCCUCGGGGAGCUGGGCUCCGACCUCCAGCAGCAGCCUCCAGCCGCGGUAGACUACGACUUCAGCGCCCCCUUCAGACCGCUGGAGGGCAUCACCGGUCAGGCACCGCCCCCGCCCACGCCGGCGGUGCUGCCGGACAUGGCGGCCGUCCCUCACCCUUCCGCCUCGCACAUAGCCGUGGGCGAGAACGUGUCUGACGUCCAGGCGAGCGUCCCGAGGUCCAGCAUCCACGGCCAGGCGUCCGCCUCCAGCUUCCCCACAGGACAGUACACCCUGGAGGGAGGGGCGCCAGACGCACCGAAGCGCAGCGUCCACGGACACCCCUCCCAGUCGGCGGUGCAGCUGGGGGACGGCGACGGCGCGAGGAGAGGCGACAACACGCCAGAGCCUCUCCGUGCGACGGCUGUACAAACAAGCGCCCUGUUGGCGGCGGGAAACACAUUGGAGGCAAACCAGAAGCCACAGAUGGGAACGGCUCCUGUUCCUGUGGAGGAUACUACCGCUACUGCUUCUGGUUCGUCGGUUGAGGCCAGCUCUGUGCAGGACGGUGGAGGCCUCCAGGCCAAAAGAGAUCCCCCUCCCCUGGCUCCCUCUCCGUCUGAGCCUCUGGUGGCCGCGGGUCAACGUCAGGAUUCGGCCGCUCAGUUCAACGUCGGCGAGUCCGAUGGGAUCGUGCCGCUUCCCUCCCAAAACCCUCACGGCCACGCCUCUGAUUCCCGACUGCAGGCCGGUGCGCUGGUCUCCGACGACACCGUUCCCUUCCCCGCACCAAGCACUCACGGUCACGCCUCUGAUUCCCAACUGACAGUCGGAGCGCGGAUAUCCGACGACACCGUUCCCUUCCCCUCUCCCGGCGCCCACGGUCACUCGUCCGACGCCCACAUCCAGGUCGGGGAGAACAUCUCUGAUUUUGUCGCCCUGCUACCGGCUCCCGGAGCACACGGGCACACGUCCGACUGCACCCUCCAGACGGGAUGCGUCGUGUCCGGUACCGAACCCAGGCCGGGAUCUCUGCCCGGUGGCCCUCAAGGCCACUCCUCUGAUCCCCAACUGGCAGCCGGAGCGCUGGUCUCGGACAACGCCGCCCCCCUCCCCUCACCCAGUGACCAAGGACUCGGGUCGGACACCCACAUCGAGGUCGGAGCGAACGCCGUCUCCGGUUCCGCCGUCUCCGGUUCCGUCGUCUCCGGGUCUGUCGUCUCCGGUUCCGUCACCCCUUUACCUGUUCCCGCUGCCCACGUGUCAGACGCCCACGUCAGGGUCAGCGACGGGUUGGUGGCACAGGUCGGCGCUCCUCUUCCCUCUCCCAGUGCUCACGGCCACGCCUCCGACGGCCACAUCCAGGUCGGGGAGAACGUCUCCGACUUUGUCGCCCUGCUUCCCACUCCCGGGGCACACGGGCACGCGUCGGACUGCAUCCUCCAGACCGGAUGCGUCGUGUCCGGUACCGAACCCGCAACGGGAUCUCUGCCCGGGAGCGCCCACGGCCACUCGUCUGACUCCAUCCUCGGCGGGGGCUGUGUUGUUUCGGGGGUCGACCCCGCCGCCGCGCCUCUGCCCGGCAGCACUUAUGGGCACGCUUCCGAUUCGACCUUGGGGGAUGGGUGCGUGGUGUCCGGAACGGCAGCACAAGCCUCGCCACUUCCGGGAAGCGUUUUCGGUCACACUUCCGAUUCGACCUUAGGUGUGGGCUGUGUGGUUUCCGGAACAGCAGAUCAAGCUCCGGCACUCCCGGGAAGCGCUUUCGGCCACUCUUCGGACUCCACCCUCGGUGUCGGCUGCGUCGUUUCCGGAGUAGAGACACUGGCGUCGCCGGUUCCGGGCAGCGCUUUCGGCCACUCUUCGGACUCGGCUUUAGGCGUUGGGUGCGUCGUCUCUGGAACGGCAGCGCACGCCGCUCCACUUCCGGGUAGCGCUUUCGGGCAUUCCUCAGACUCCACCCUUGGCGUCGGCUGCAUCGUGUCCGGAAUGGCGACUCUUUCCUCGCCGGUCCCAGGGAGCGCUUUCGGACAUUCUUCGGACUCUGCUCUCGGCGUCGGCUGCGUAGUUUCCGGAACCGCCCCGCUCGCAUCGCCGAUCCCGGGAUCCGCUUUCGGGCACACGUCGGACUCGACGUUGGGUAUCGGGUGCGUGGUGUCGGAGGCGGAGCCUAUACCCACUCUACCAACAGGGAAUAUCCACGGGCACUCCUCUGACUCGACGCUGGGGAUUGGCUGCGUGGUGAAGGGCAGAGUUCAUGGGGAGCCCACCGGACCACACAAUGACCAAGGAGGCCGGGCCGCCCUGCCUGGCCUGUCCCUGGGUGAGCUCUCUGAGCAGGACUACCUGCUCUCCCUGGCCGUGCAGUACGAGGUGGAGACCUACGAGGACUGCUCCAACCGCAUGUCGGCCUCCCCAGAGUGCCAGCUCCUGAAGCGGCUCGCCGGCGGGCCCCGGGGCCUCCCCGCCGACCCCACCCUCCAGAGCGCCACGGACACCACCUCCAUCCAGCUGAGCGAGAUGGUGUCGCUGCCGGUGCUCAUGAAGCACUCCGUCACCGGGCCCCUCAUCACACACAUGUCCCUGGUGAACAAGGCGGUGGUGGACUACUUCUUCGUGGAGCUGGGCGUGGAGCGCCACUUUGAGGCGCUGCGCCACUUCCUGCUGAUGGAGGACGGGGAGUUCGCCCAGUCCCUCGGCGACCUGCUCUUCGAGAAGCUGGGCAGCGGGCAGACCCCGGGGGAACUGCUCACCCCUCUGGUGCUGAACUCCAUCCUGAGCAAGGCCCUGCAGUACAGCCUGCACGGAGACAUCCGGCAGGCCGCCAACUUCACCUUCGCCCUGCGCUUCCUCCCCGACACCUUCCACCCCCACGCCCCCGACUCCCUCAACUGCCUGGAGCUGCGCUACAAGGUGGACUGGCCGCUGAACAUCAUCAUCACGGACGGCUGCAUGAACAAGUACAACCGGCUGUUCUCCUUCCUGCUGCAGCUCAAGCACAUGGUGUGGUCGCUCCGAGACGUCUGGUUCCACCUCAAGAGAACCGCGCUGGUUAAGGGGGCGGGACACUCGGUGCAGUUCCGCCAGCUGCAGCUCUACCGCCACGAGAUGCAGCACUUUGUGAAGGUGAUCCAGGGCUACAUCGCCAACCAUCUGCAGGUGUCCUGGAGCGAGUUCACGGCCAAGCUGGCCACCGCCGGAGACCUGGACGCCAUCCACCGCAUGCACGCCGACUACCUCAACAGAGCCAUCUUCAGGGGCCUGCUGACGGAGAAGGCGGCGCCGGUCAUGAACAUCAUCCACAGCAUCUUCAGCCUGAUUCUCAAGUUCCGCGCCCAGCUCAUCGCACAGCCCUGGUCCAGCCACCAGGGGGAGACGGUGCACCCCAGCUUCAUCGCCAUGCAGCAGUCCUACAACACCUUCAAGUACUACUCCCACUUCCUGUUCAAAGUGGUCACCAAACUGGUCAACAGGGGCUACCAGCCCCAUCUGGAGGACUUCCUGCUCCGCAUCAACUUCAACAAUUACUACAAGGAGACCUGAGUCUGUCUGGUGGUCCGCACUGCUCCUAGAACUGCCUCCAUCUGUGUGUAGCGCACCAGGUAUGCGGUUAUAGCUACUGAGCUUUGCAUGCGCCGAGGUUUAUGCUUUGGUGUGGUGAAGUAUAAGCACAACAAAGACUUUUUUUUUUUUUGAUGCCUCUGCGUGUGGUAUAGAAAGGGCUUCAUGUGAGCGAGUGGGUUUAUUUUUUUAGUCUGAACAGGAGUUAUAUUAUAUGAUUUGAACUAGAAGACUCCUCGGAUGUGUGAGUGGCUUUGCAUUAUUGGUUAGCUUGUGAAUAUGGGUGCUACCAAUGAGAACUACAUUAAGCUGAUGCCAAAAAGUGUACCCCUUGUGUCAAGCGUUCGUCCUGCUAGACAGGCGAGAAGUCCUGUCCUAUUGUUAUGCCUUCAAAACAAGUGUUCCAUGAUGUGUAAAUAAAACAUGUAAAUGAAUACUUUGGGUGACCAUGUUAGUCGGUUUCAAGUUAUUCCUUCUGCGAUGUGAAGAAAAUGUAUAAUUUCAAGCGUUCAAAGUAAAAGUCAUGUGUAUUUUUAUUAAAGAAUGUUGACAUUUUGUUUUAGAAAAUUAGGUCAGACAAUGAGUGCAAAGCAGUAUAUUUAAUAAACUCAACUUUACAUUUACAUGAAAAUCAUUACCAUUCCUGGAGCUUGACCUGCAUAUUUCUUCCAUGUACCGAUGAUUUAUUUCUAGAUGUGCAAAAAACAAACCGGUUAUAUUCAGGUUUGAAGGUACAAUCCAUGAACGAUGAGAGGUUAGGCAUAGAUCCUUGAAGAAUUUCCAGUAUUAUCUUUAAUCGAACCCUUACUGCAGAAGAACUGUGCAGAACUUUGUACAUGCACAGGCGCUAUAUAAGACAAACUUACUCCAGCUUAAGUCUGUAUGUUUUAAAUACGCCUUUGUCUUGGUGAAGUGGCGGCCUACUGAGUUUA